CUUCCUUCGCGCUCUCGCCGUGGUCGGCUGGGCGCCCGCCUAGGCCGCGCUCUGGGCCAGCUCCGGCCCUUCCUCGCCCCGCCCCGCCCCGCGCGGAGUCCCCAUUGUCAAGGGAAGAAGAGGGAGCCGGAGCGCGGGAGGCCGGUCUCGCCUCCCAUGGAAGGCUGCCCGUGACUUCCUUUUUGGAAAGAAAGCGGCCCCUUGAAAACAACUCAUUGGCAUGAUGAUGGAAGGAGUAAAAACAGAAAACGACCAUAUCAAUUUAAAAGUAGCUGGUCAGGAUGGAUCCGUGGUCCAAUUUAAAAUAAAAAGGCACACACCGCUGAGUAAACUGAUGAAGGCUUAUUGUGAGAGACAGGGUUUGUCGAUGAGGCAGAUUAGAUUCAGAUUUGAUGGACAACCAAUUAAUGAAACAGACACACCUGCACAGUUGGAGAUGGAAGAUGAAGAUACUAUUGAUGUGUUUCAACAACAGACAGGCGGCAUGUGGUAGACAUCCUGUCCUUUGGGGAAGAGGAAUGUAAAAUGUCACUCACUUUAUCAUCUGUCCUUGGAUUUGCUAUUAAAUAGUAAACAAAUGAACAUGCCAAUCAUACAGGAAUCUUCUCACAUUCUGAGGACGCUUAUCCAAAUUAUUUUCCUGUCCCUGAUAUACCGCGUGUGCAAGUCGAAGCUGUGUCUGUGGAAAACAAGUGCAUCAUAAAAUGGGCCCAGUUGAAAUUAAAUUUUCAGAUAAGUGAAAUACUGGCUGUUGUCUGCUGUCAUCUUGUUCUUAUAAAACUGUGGCCUAAAUACCCACCUACUGUAAAACAAGGAGUCUUUAGUCUGGUUUUUGUUUUUGUUUUACAGCUUGAUUAUGCUAAUGUAAAUAUUGAAAUAUUUCUCCUUGAAGUAGUAAAUUUCUUCUCAGAAUAAGUGGCUUGAGAAAGAAAAGGGUUUUACCAUUAAAUGCAGUUAUUUUAAAACUGCUAAUGGGAUAGGCAGAAAGGACAGUACUUGCAGACACAAUGCUGAUUCUAGUGGCAGUUUACAGUAAUGCAAAUGUACAUGUGCUUUUUCAUAAUAAAAUAGCAUAGAAUCAAAACAGUUUUUUAAAGUUAAUGGAAUGUCUUGAGUUUGUCAGCAGCUGUAGCACUUGCAUUUGUUAACGAUCACAUGUCCAGGGCUGAGCACAAGUUUGAUAAAAUGUUUAAAGAAUGGACCAGAAUUCACUUGGAAGUUCUGCUGUGCAAGUCUUGUUCAUUUUAAUGGGAUUUAUGCAGGAGAAAUUACUAGUAGAUAAUUCCCAAUGACUUUUCAUUAUUGAUUUUAUCGGGUUAUUAAUAGAUAGAUGUACUUUAUUUUCACCAUCCAUUUUGAAACCUGAACUUGUAGCUUUCCCCUCUUACUCUGGUACAUUGAAUAACAUGAGCUGGGAUUCAAAAGGCCAUACACACUGUCUGUGUGUGUGCAUGGGGGUUUUCUGGCAUCACAUUUCCUGCACACACACAUACCAUCCCAUUCCUGAGGGUCAAGAGGAUCCUUGAGAGCCAUGUGCAAUACAGUGGCAGGUGAUGUCGCUGGUGUGGGAUGGGAGAUGAAGGGAUUGUGACAUACAUGCAUACACAGUCUGUGGUCCAGAACUGUUUCCUUAUUUACACAUGAGUUGCUUGGAUCCCAGCCAGGGGUUUGGAGGUUUUUUUUAAGAUCUGUUCAUGGAUAUAUUUAACCUUGCAAUUAAAAAGGACUGUCAAGUUCAAAUGUGUAGAUUUAUCAUUGAAAUAUUCUUGAACACAGAACUUGAAUAAUGUAACCUGAUCUUACAGAGAUUUUGCUUUGUUACUUUCGGGAAAGUUUUUAAGGAUUAAAUGCAACUUUGUUGUGACAGCCAGUUUGUGAAUUUUUUGGAUAUGUUUCAGAUGAAAAUGUAAGGUCAUUCUGUUAAUCGCUUUUAAAUCUACUUGCCCAUGUUAGAUCAUCUAUUUGCAGGGAAUUCUGCUGGAAAAGUCUUAUUUUUUUUUGUUUGAUUGUAGCUGGGCUAAGGAGGGAUAUUCUCUUAAAUCUGUCAAUGUUUAUUCACCAUUUGUACUAUAUUUGUGGUCCUUUACUACUGUAUACAGUAAAUAUAGUUUGGUACUCUGUCUCUUGGCUUAUGCUUAAUGCUGCUGCAUUUCAUACGACUGUAAUCAAAUGAUAUCACUGAGAUGCUGACAACAUAUAUGUACAUCUUUAUUAAAAUUCUUUUAUUGAGAGUGAA